AUCCAUUGAAUCAUAACUCAAUUAAUAAUGAAGUCAUUCGUGGUUAUGUAUUUUUCUUUGAAAAGUUUAGCCAAAAUGCGAACAAAAUAAUUGAAAUUCCAUUCAAAAACGCCUCACAAUGGUUAAAAUUACUCACGCAAACAAGAUAUAGGUUUGAAAGACAAUUAGAAGAAAAAAUAUUAGGAAAGGUGAAAGUAGAAGUUCGCAAUCCAUUUAUGGUUCUUGGUCAAGAUACAAAAUUUACAAAUGAAAUCCAAGCUGGUGAUUUUUUGGUCAUAGGAAAUGAUAAAUAUCUGAUUGAAGAGAUAAUUUCUGAUAAUAAAUUGACAAUCUCUAGCCAUUUCAAGUCUCCUGAUUGUAAUAAAUGGCAUAAUUUUACUAUUGAACCAAGAAUAACGGUUAAUGGAUUGCUUGAUGUUUAUUCUAUGGUUUUCACUAAAUAUGCUAUAUCAAGUCCUAUUGGUAAGGUGGAUGAUCCAUUAUCAUUAACAAUAGUAAUAGAUCAAGCUAUAAAUGAUAUUGAAAGCAUAGAACAAUAUAGUACCAAAUUUCAAAAGUAUAUUAAAAAAUUAUUCGAAAAGUUCAAAAAGGAUACAAAAAAACCUAUUG